AUGACUCUCCCAGAUCAGAGUAAUUUAGUAAGAUGGGGUAAAAGUACCGAAAAAACUUGCUAUAUCUGUGGAAAGGCAGUUGGAACUGCUAAGCAUCUGCUGGUGGGAUGUAAGGUACUCCUUGACAGCGGUCAAUACUCGCGUCGUCACGAUAGGGUUCUAGAAGUCAUACGUUUUGUGAGAGAAGGCACUAGGGCUACAAAAUCAAACGUCAAGCCUUACUCCAUCCUUAAAGCGGCGUCGGAUUGGACUAUAAUGAUGGACACGUAUGAAAAACAAUAUAAAAUCCCCGAGGAUAUUUGUGCGUCGGCCUCCAGACCGGAUAUAUUUUUUUGUUUUCGCGAAUUUUAA